CUUUGAUUUUAAAAUUUUGAAAAAAUGAGAUUAUCGACCAAAAUGAUUGAUUUACAGCUUUUCAACAGUAUUUUUUAUAUUAUUUUAUUGCUCAUUAGAGAACAUGUUUGUCAUUUCGAAGAAGAAGAGGUGCCUUCUGUCCUCCUGAUCUCCAUGGAUGGCUUUAGACACGAUUAUAUUGAGAGGGCUAAAAAGUCAGGAAGGGCAACUCCCAAUUUUGAUAUUUUCAUUCAAAAUGGGGUAAAAACAGAAAGAGGUAUGAAGCCAGCAUACAUAUCAAGCACCGCAACCAAUCAUUAUUCUAUAGCAACAGGUUUAUAUGCUGAAACUCACGGGAUUAUUCACAAUCUUUUCUGUGAGCCAGAUCUCAAAGAUUGUUAUGAUUUUGAAAAUCACACUGAUCAAAGUGAAAGUAAAUGGUAUAAAGGAACACCGAUUUGGAUAACAAAUGAGCUCAACCCAGACAAAAACUAUCGUAGUGGCGUGUAUCAAUGGAUUGGCGGAGAGGCAGAGUUUAAUAAUCGAAAAGCAUCAGAUUCAGUGAUAUACGGAUAUGCAAAUCAUACGAUCCCUUGGGAAGUUCGUGUUGAUACAGUCCUUUCCUGGUUCACAGACCAUAACUCACCUAUCAAUCUGGGGUUGUUAUACUUUCCCGAACCAGACAUGGUUGGACACCAUUUUGGACCUAAUUCGUUUGAGUUAUAUGACAAAAUAGCAGAGCUUGACAAAAACCUUGGGUAUCUAAUAGAAUCAUUAGAGAAACAUGAGCUUAGUGAUAGGAUUAAUGUUAUAAUAACAGCAGAUCAUGGUAUGACAGAGAAAAAGCCAGGAUGCGAUAUCUAUCUUGAAGACAUUUUAAAAGACCCCAGUAUAUACAAAGUAACAGGACAAAAUCCAAUACUUCAUGUUUGGCCAGAAAAAGGUAAAGAAGAAGAAAUAUACAACACUUUAAAAAGUUACAGUGGCCAUAACUCUCAAUAUAUGAAUGUGUAUAGAAAGUCAGAAGUUCCCGAAGAUUAUCACUACUCCCACAGCGAACGUAUUGCCCCAAUUGUAGUAGAAGCAACACUAGGGGCUGAUGUGAUACCAGUCCAUAAACCACAAAUUAAUGGUAGCAAACCAUAUAAAGGUGGCCAUGGCUACAACAACAGUGAGCCUGAUAUGUUUCCUUUCUUCAUCGCUAAGGGACCUGCUUUUAAACAGGGAUAUGUUUCCACGACAACUUUUUCAAAUGUAGAUAUCUAUAGUUUGAUAUGUGAGAUACUUAAACUUGAGCCAGCAGUCACAAAUGGUUCCCUUCAUAUCAUAGGAGAGCUUCUUCUGCAACCCAAGGUGUCUCACAACACUUUUACUGCAACAUCUAUCACAUUUAUACUUUCUGUGCUCUUGUGUGCCUGCUUUGCGGCUGUAUUCACAAUAGUUGCGUGCCGUCACCAUCGGAGACAUAGACUCAGACACCGGCGCCAUCUAAAUAGUCAUGAAUUGAGCCAAAGUAUUGCAGAUGAGGGUCGACAUUCCGGACUUUCAACACGAUUAUUGACUGAAUCUGAUUUCGAUGAUGAAGAUGAACUUUUAAGCUGAAUGUGUUCAUUUCUUAGAAAUCCAUAAAAUGCAAGGAGGAUUGGUACCCAGAAUGCAAACUUGAUAUUUUCCAACAAUGAAAAUGAUUGUCAUUAUUGUCUGGCAUUGAACUGGUAGCAAUUCUUGAGGUUUGAGCUAAUAUAUUGAUCACUUCUUGAGUAAUGUUGAUCACUUCUUGAGUAGUGUUGAUCACUUCUUGAGUAAUGUUGAUCACUUCUUUAGUAAUGUUGAUCCCUUCUUGAGUAAUGUUGAUCACUUCUUGAGUAGUGUU